AUGGUCUUUGUCGCUCGCGCACUCAUCGCUGGUGUCGUCGCUGGUGUCGUUGGCGCCGACGUUUCCAAGAUCCACCCCAAGCUUCUUCAGAAGCUCGAGUCAUCCACGGUUGCUCAAAACAUCAUCGUCGAGUUCAAGGGCACAGCCGAAGAGGUGCUUGCCGCACCAAAGCUCGAGGCGUCGUCGUUGGCGUCGCGUGCAGAACGCGGCGAGCUCGUCCGGUCGACCCUCGUCGACCACGCCGCCUCGGCGCAAGCAUCCGCCCUCAAGCUCAUCCAGAGCUCCAAGCUUGAGUCGACGGCCGAGCCUACGCAGCUCUGGAUCAGCAACGCACUUUUUAUCAAGAGCGCCGAGAAGGACCUUAUCAAUGCUCUCGCGAAGCUGCCCGAGGUUGCCUUCGUCCGCCCCGAAGCCAUGGGCCGCCUCAUCACCUCCGAGAUCUCAACUUCCGAAGCCGUUGCUGCCAACACCACGGAAUGGGGCCUCAACAUUAUCCAGGCGCCUGAGGUGUGGGCCAAGGGCUACCGUGGACAGGGCGUCGUCGUCGGGUCCAUUGACACGGGCGCUCUUGCCAACAUUCGCCAUCUUCAAGCUAACUCGCCCAGCAUGAGUGGCAUGAUGCAAGGAGCGCACUACGAGCACGAUGCCGAGAUGGCCGAGGAAGACAUGGGCCAAGCACAGAUCCAGGGCCCAUGUGGGAUCAAUGCGCUCGAGCAGUCGGGGAUCAAUACCUCGGAUAUCAACAAGCUGAAGGACGCCGGCUUCCACACGGUCGACGCGAUUGCGAUGGCCACCAAGAAGCAGCUCAUCGCGAUCAAGGGUAUCACUGAAGCCAAGGCUGACAAGAUGAUAAAGGCGUCUCGUGAGAUGGUCAACGUGGGCUUUACGACGGCCUCCGACGUGCUCCAAAGUCGUAAGGACCUUAUCACCCUCACGACGGGCUCAACAGCGCUCGAUGAACUGCUCCGCGGAGGCUUCGAGACAGGCUCCAUCACCGAAAUGUUCGGCGAGUUCCGCACUGGGAAGACGCAGCUUUGCCAUCAAUUGUGCGUCACUUGCCAACUUCCCGUCGACAAGGGUGGAGGUGAAGGAAAAGCCUUGUACAUUGACACCGAAGGAACGUUCCGGCCGCAGCGCCUAGUCGCGAUCGCCGAACGCUACGGCCUCGACGGCGACAGCGUCCUUGACAACGUCGCGUUCGCCCGUGCGUACAAUUCGGAGCACCAGAUGCAACUCCUUUCGCAAGCAUCCGCGAUGAUGGCAGAAUCGCGAUACGCGCUCGUGGUCGUUGAUAGUGCCACUGCACUCUUCCGCACCGACUAUUCGGGACGGGGCGAGCUGGCUGCUCGUCAGCAAGAAUUGGCCAAGUUUCUUCGAGCCCUCACACGUAUGGCAGACGAGUUUGGUGUCGCAGUCGUCAUCACCAACCAGAUGACAGCGAACCCGGACUCGGGCAUGUUUUCGAAGGAUCCGCUGCAGCCGAUUGGCGGCAACAUCAUGGCGCACGCCUCGUGCACGCGGCUGCGUCUCAAGAAGGCUCGUGGCGAAAACCGGGUCAUGAAGGUGAUCGACUCGCCGAUCCUCCCCGAGGCCGAAGCCAUGUACUCGAUCACGGAACAAGGGAUCCAGGACGAGCAAAACUAA